CAUGCACUUCCACUCACCAGCUUGAGAGGGCUUGAAGAAGUCAACGCAAUCUCAUGAAAUUAGCUUAACCAUGGCAAUGAGCUAAAGGAGGAAGGCAACCAAAUCUAUUGAUGAGUUUUGGAUUCAAGGUAGGGGUUCAUGCACUUCUACUCACCAGCUUGAGGGGGCUUGAAGAAGUCAACGCAAUCUCAUGAAAUUAGCUUAACCAUGGCAAUGAGCUCAAGGAGAAACGCAACCAAAUCCAUUGCAUAAAACAGACGUUGUCAUGUCUUAUCUUCGUUGUUCCCCCAUCAAAUGUCAACGCCAUGGACUCCGGAAGUCACAGAUUAGAGAGGGAUCCCACCAGCUGUCAGAAUUGUCUGUUUUCCUCGUACAUCGCCAUCAUGGUACAGAAUGUCCCAGCACCUUAUGUGGUGGAAGAAAAUUUUGGAGGUUAUUUCCAUGAUCACGAUGACCUUGCAUUAGUUGAGGAGCUUCAGGAUCAGGAAAGCCUAUAUCUAUCGUUCCAAGGAAAUGUUCAUGGUGGCAGUUCUAGGCUGAACAAUGGUCAUGAUAGAAACAUGGGAGAAGGAAAUUCUUCAAGAAUGGCUAGAGUUGAGCAACAGCUAGCUCUUGAUGAGGCAUUAGAUAGAGAACUGCAGGCGUCAGAGAAUCAGCUUGCUGAUACUUCAUUUGGUGAAGUUACCAGAAUUGAAGCUAGUAAUAUCACUCCUGCACAAUCUUUCACCGCAAGUGCUGAGUGCAAUUCUGCAAGCACAUCUUCUCAGGUACUUCGGAUCAUACCUAGUGUUCCUUAUCAGAAUGUUGAUUGUGUAUUUGAAAUUAAAUUCUUGCUACUGAUGAUGCACAAGUGGGAAGAGAAGAAGAUAUUGAACUAGACAAUAUGAGUUAUGAGGAGUUGCAACAAUGGGGUGAAACCAUAGGUACUGAAAGCAGAGGAUUACCAGAUGAGUCGAUUUCCUUAUUGCAAUCUUCAACAUACAAAGCAGGGUUAUUUUCCAAAAAAGACAAACAUAACAGUAUGUGUUAAUCUAAUUUGUUUAUUUAUCGUGUACAACAUUAUACUUUUCCUUAGGACUUACAGCACAGUAUAUCAUAAGAUGUAAAGCUUUUGCUGAACAUUUGACAUUUCAAGUUUGUUUUAAGAUGUUGGUCAAACUAGUACUUUGGUUUCUUCUAUCUUGUAUGUGAGAGACAUAUCCUUCCUAAACAAAAGAGCAACCAAGACACAAGUCAUCGACCGUAAUGAACUUGUUCAUGAUGGAAAUGUAGACAUUUAUUCUUUUCAACAUUUUUAUAAUCGAUCAGUAGCAGUUUGUGAGUCUGGAUCUAUUCUGUUUGUGAGUCUCUGGGUAACAUAUCCUGAUAUGUUUUGCUCUAGUUUUUGUUCUUGAAUACAUUAUAAUGAAAACAGUGACCUUUAUAAAUGAAACUCCAACAAAAGUACAAAUCAAACAAAAAUUGUGAACUUUCAUAUCGACGAAAGUCAGUAGAAGUGAAAAGCAGGAAACUGCUACUGUAAUUCGGAAUGAUCAAAUUUUAGAUUUGAACUCCCUUCUCAAGUGACACUGAUGAUGUUGCUGCAUGCAGAUGUGUGAUAUGUUGCAUGGCUUACAAGAAAAGAGAUAAGUUUAUUAAGUUACAUUGCCAGCAUCAGUACCAUAAAGAUUGUAUAACUAGAUGGUUAAGAUUUAAUAAGGUAUGUGUCUGUACUUACCAUUUCGAUGAUCAUUAUUUUGCGCUCGUCGAUAUAGGUUCUGUUCUUAUUAGCAUUGCUUUAUCUGGAGUAUGAAGGACAUCAUGUUUUUUUUCCUGUAACUUCCUGCCAAGCAGGACUUUAGAUUGGAUUUAAAGUGGUGAUACUGUUUUAUUCUUCGGAAAAUAAACCCUGCACAACUUAUUGUGGAUAUAUGAUCUUGUAAAAAGGGAACGCGCUGCGCCAUUGUUGAAGCUUCUUUUGGUGUACAGAAAUGAGAUCGUAUGGGACACCAUAGUUCUCAUAAAAGAACUCAAAGUAGGUGUAAGGAGCUUGAUUACUCUAAACCCCAUUCUGACCUAUAAACAUGCAAUUCGGUUUCUCAUUCUACAAAUUUCUAUAUGUUGUAGAUGCACAUUUCUUUAGUCAUUCAAAGUUUCUCAUGCAACCUCUAUAGCUAGAAUUUUGAUUUAACAUAAAAGGUCAGUAUUAUUCUUCGUCAUCUUACCUUUGUUUCAGGCAUGCCCAGUAUGCGAUGACGAGGUUCUUGGUUCUUGAGUGGAUGCACACGAGAGCUGCAGAUGAGUAAUGGCUGCAGUAUCUGCAGACGAGUGACAUCCCUUGUGCCAUUUGUGCUGCAGUAUCACAAACGGCUGCACUCCUCAUGUUCGAUUGCUCUUGGACUCCUCUGCUCCGUUUACCGCACAGUUUUUGCCUCAUUUGAACAACUCGGAUGUUCCUCGUGAAUCAGAUUUCCUGCUGUUCUUGUCACGGCAAUCAAAGGCCAAGAAACUGUAGCUCUUCGCAUAAUCGAUGCUGGUUCUUUCCACUGAUUGAUAGAUAUUUGAUGCUACUAUGGGCCCUCAAAACUUGAGGAACAUGGACUUGGAUCUCGGGCUACUAAAGUUUUGUAAUUAGACAGAUUUCUCGAAAGAUUUUGUCAUAUCUAUUUCUCCUACUUGUACAAUAAAAGCAGGAGCAGUGAGAAAGAUUUGAACCA